UGUGUGUGCGCGCACGUCGCGUCUGCGUUGCUGCUGAUGAAAGCCUGAUCCUCUCACUCUCUCUCCUGCUUCUCCUCCGUCAGCUUCAGUACGCUGUCGACCUCCUUCACGCAGCAUCUCUGCUCUCCAUCCUCCGUCUCCACCCUCCUCCUCCUCCUCCUCCGCUGCCGCCGCCGCCUCAGCGCCGCUUCCUCUGCAGGUGGAUGGAGGCUGGAAGCCCCGGAGACGCGAGCCAUGCACGGGAGCAGCUGCCGUCAGAUUGCUGAGCACCUCCCUUCGCGCCGGGGACCACAUCCUUAAAUGACCCGCGGCUGAGGAGGGGGUGUCUCCGGAUCCAGCGCCCGGAUCAUGGCAUGCUGCCCACGCCGGGCAUCCAGCACUGACCAUGGGACUCCGGUCCAGGACCGUCGCUAGCGGCUCGGAGGAGCAGAAGAAGACCUCCGGCGCUCCUUCCGGGGACUUAUUGGACCAAGGCACCGGGGGAGCAGACAAGGAUGGCGCCCUGCUGCUGGUGGCUGCGGGCCGGGACGACUUCAAGCGGGGCUCUCAGGGCAUCGGCAUCGGGCUGCUGGCCAAGACCCCCCUGAACUACACCCGGCCGACCAAGAGGAAUAACAUCCGCAAGAGGAGGAUCCAGAACCUGAUCUACGACGCGCUGGAGAGGCCGAGAGGAUGGGCGCUGCUCUACCACGCGUUCGUGUUUUUAAUCGUUCUGGGCUGUUUGAUUCUGGCCAUCCUGACCACAUUCAAGGAGCACGAGAAGGUGUCUGCGCACUGGCUGGUUAUCCUGGAAACCUUCGCCAUCUUCAUCUUCGGAGCAGAGUUUGCACUGAGGAUCUGGGCAGCAGGAUGCUGCUGUCGCUACAAAGGAUGGAGAGGGAGGCUGAAGUUCGCCCGCAAACCUCUGUGCAUUUUAGACAUCUUCGUGCUGAUUGCCUCGGUGCCGGUGGUGGCCGUGCGUAACCAGGGUAACGUGUUGGCCACAUCCCUGCGCAGCCUGCGCUUCCUGCAGAUCCUGCGGAUGCUGCGCAUGGACCGGAGAGGAGGAACCUGGAAACUGCUGGGGUCCGCCAUCUACGCACACAGCAAAGAGCUGAUCACAGCCUGGUACAUCGGCUUCCUGUCUCUGAUCCUGGCGUCCUUCCUGGUCUACCUGGUGGAGAAGGACGACGUCUCCAUGGACAUUUCCGACCACGAAAACCCCACCGCUCAGCCCAAAGCGCAGGACUUCGACACCUACGCCGACGCUCUGUGGUGGGGGCUGAUCACACUGACCACCAUCGGUUACGGGGACAAAACCCCAAAAACCUGGGCUGGAAGACUGUUAGCCGGCACUUUUGCUCUCAUUGGAGUGUCCUUCUUCGCUUUGCCUGCAGGGAUCCUGGGUUCAGGCUUGGCUCUGAAGGUCCAGGAGCAGCACAGACAGAAGCACUUUGAGAAGCGCAGACAUCCAGCCGCCGGGCUCAUCCAGUCUGCCUGGAGAUAUUAUUCCACAAAUCCAAUCAGGGAAGACCUUAUUGCCACGUGGAGAUUUUACGAAACUGUCAUCUCUCUUCCCUGUUUCAGGAAGGAACACUUGGAGGCCAUGGCGAGCCAAAAACUGAGCAUCCUCGAGCGUGUUCGCCUUCCCAAUGCACGACCAUCAGUUGGGGUGGGCAAGAAGCUCACGGGUAACACCGACUCCAUAGAGGAGAGUCCCUCCAAGGAGCCCAAACCUGCCGGCUUCAGCAACCGGGAACGCUUCCGCACCGCCUUCCGCAUGAAGGCCUACACACUCCGCCAGAGCUCUGAAGAUGCUGGAGCCCUGGCAGACCCUGCCUUAGAGGAGCGGGGAUUCCCCUCAGACAUCCUCAUGGAGGAGAUGAUCCCCACACUGAAACUGGUCAUCAGGGCAGUCAGGAUCAUGCAAUUCCUCUUGAACAAGAAGCGGUUUAAGGAAACUCUGAGGCCUUAUGAUGUCAAAGAUGUGAUUGAGCAGUACUCCGCUGGACAUCUGGACAUGCUCUGUCGAAUUAAAUACCUCCAGACAAGGAUUGACAUGAUUCUUGCCCCUGGACCUCCUCUCACCCCCAAACAAAAGAAAACUCAGAAAACGCCCUUUACCUACCCGCCCAAUCAGUCGCCCAGGCAUGAGACUUACCUAGCCAAAGCUGCCUCCAUGCCAGACGUUGAAGACCAAAGCAUGAUGGGUAGAUUCGUCAGGGUGGAGAGACAGGUGGAGGACAUGGAGAAGAAACUGGACUUUCUGGUGGACAUGCACAUCCAGCACACGGAGCACCUGCAGGUGGACUCUGCCGGCGCUGCCCACAUGACCCUGGAGACCUGCGAUCCCACGGGAAAUGGUGAGAUCCGUCGGGUUUUCUUCAAUUACACGGAGGCGUUCCCGCAUAUGUCAUACCAGGUGCCUGUCAGCAAGUUGAAUCCGUAUUAUGGCAGUGGAAGAGGAGGUGGAGAGGGGAUAGGGUUGGCUGGUGGAAGCCGUGCACCUUCAGACCAUCAACCCCCACUAUCACACCUCCAUCAACGCCACCCUCCAGCUGCCAUCCCCACCUACACCGAGCGUCCCACAGUACUGCCCAUCAGCUCUUUGCAGGACUUGUCAGUGGGGCUGGGAAGGACCACAGGGGGGCGGGGGGGCGACUCGCCGCUCUCCAUGCUAUCAGUGAACCACGAGGAGUUGGAGCGCUCGCCCAGCGGUUUCAGCAUCUCUGGGGAGCGGGAAGGGGAGGAAGGGGGGGACUUGUCAAUGGGGGCUGGGGUGGCGAUGGGGGACGCCGGCUGGACAAGACCCAGACCAAGCUACCUGGCAGAGGGGGAGACAGACACGGACACUGACCCCUUUACACCCAGUGGGGGGCCCAUGCCGCUUUCCUCCACAGGGGAGGGAUUUGGUGAUGCUGUGUGGAACACACCACCCUGAGAGGUGUGGAUACCACGCAGAUAUCCACACCUCUGAGUGACGACCUUAAAUCCAACCCAUGCCUCUAAACCCAAACCAGUUUGGGUCAAAGCCACACCUCUGGACCAAAACAUUUGGAGGGAAGGUGGGUCUAAUCCACCUCGAUGUUGUGAGGUUGUGAGCGAGGUCUACGACCUUCAGAGGCCACCGCUGAUCUCAUCAACCGACCGCCGUCCAGACUGAGAGCCAUGGCAACAAGACUGCCCAGGAAAACAAAGGGAAGCCGGACAGUUUGUAAAGUAAAACUCUGUACAGCACACUCUUCGCAAAAAUUUAGCUAAAAUAAAAAAGAACAUUAAUAUACACACUAUAUACACCCAAAAGCUUUAUCGCUGCAAAGCCAACCGCACUGCAUGUAACGCAUGCGAUUUUUAGUGUAGACACUGCAAAGUUCAGGAUAUCAGGAAACAGAAAAAGCGACUGAAUGGAUACAUAUACUUGCUAUGCCAUUUUGUAACACUUAUUUUUUUAUAUGAAUACAUUUUCAUUGUUUUUUGCAUGGUUUGCAUGAUAAUGCAGCAUUCUAGGAGUGACGACUGGAGGGUGAUACUGGAACCAAAAGUCUCCUGUCUCUUCGUUUUGUGUGUUGUUGGUGAGAGUGUGUGAGGGAGACCGUUGACCAGAGAAAGGGGGACUUCGGUAACAAAACACUGGUUAGUUGCUGGCAGUCUUGUUUCUGCUUUCCUCAUGCUGUGCUGUAACCCCCCCCGGCCCGUGGAUCACUUCAGAUCCCAUCACUUUGUUGUCACACCACUGUGCUCUUGAGUUGUAUGUCAAAACUGCAUACAAACUUUACAGCUGAAAAAAAUGUAAAAUUCAACAGAAUUUGAAACACUAAAUCUCUGCUGCUUUGAUGGCACAUGAAUUCAGGGAUAUAAACCACCUGUCAGUCUUUGAUUUACAAAGACUGUUGAGCAUCUUGACUGCUAAAAAGUUUGUCACUGCCUGAAAAUAAUUUUCCCUGACGAUCAAAUGAUUUAUGUUAUCUAACACUAAAACAAUAUCUUAAUAUUACUGAUUUCUUUACUUUCACACGUGUACCAAACUCCACCACCUGGCAUCUGGACAUACACCCACCAAAAAAUUCAGCCACUGUGUCGAGGUUAGUGCAUGAUAGAAAGCCAUGUAGCUGUCACAUAUUGUCAAGUGGGUCUAAAAUAUAAGGACAAUUUCAAAUUCUGCACUGAGCUCCGGUCUUGUCUCGUUCCAAAGGCCUUUACACGCUGGGUCUUUUUUUAAAUUCUCAAAUCUUCUAGUUGUGUCACACUGAAUUCAAGUAAAAAAGCGAAUUACUGACUGAUUUUUCUGAGCUUUCACACCGCAAGUCAGCACAUCAACCCAUCAUGUUGUGCAGGAGAGACAGAAAUUCACAAGACUGAGAAUAGCACACCGAACUGGAAAAUUUGAGGCUUUUAUAGUCAUUCUUUGUCCACAAAUCUGGUAAUGUUUCAUGCAUUAUAUUAAUUGUCUUCUUUAUUGUUGAGAGGCAUUUUAAAAUUCAGUGCAGACACAUAAUAAAACACCACAGUAAAGGUUUGUACUACACAUUUCUAUAACUUCUGCGUAUUAUGAACCUAUUUAAACUUUUGCUGUGGGUGAAUAAUUGGCAUUUUUGUGUCGUUUCGGUUCGUUCCCAGUGUGUUAAGGCCUUAAGACAAGCUGCUACCUCGUGACUUGUUGUUCAACACUCAGAUUCUUCUUGUCCAGACUUGUCCAGCUACUCAGCAGUGAGGAGAGGCUUCAGUAAUCCCUCCAGGCAGUUAUUGUUAUACUUAAUUAUUGUAAUUAUUAUUCUAAAGAAGUGGAAAAUUGAGAAAACAUUUACAUACAAAUUGCUAAAUGUGGCCAUGAGUGUUUGGCUGUCACACUUGGCAAAGCUCAACAUCAAGUAUCAGUGUCAGAUAUCCAAAAAUCGGUAAAAACUUCCAAUUAUAAACAAAAUAUCAUUUGUAAAUUGUAAGAAAGGCCUGCAGCGAGUAGUUUACAAAAUGAAUUUACUUCCCAGCUGUCCAAAAACCUUCACAGGGUUGCCAUUUGAAAAGAAGAAACUAAAAUUCUGAAGAAACACGAAUUACUGCACAGAUCACUGCUGCACUGCACGACUCGAACGUCCAGUUCAGAGCGCAAACUCACACACUGUAAGCAACAACACCACACACUGGAACGGCUGGAGGAACAUGUACAAAUACUGAGGCUGAGGGGUUUUUAAGUAGAAGAUACCACACGAGCUGGAGCACCGCUGACUGCAACAACAAGAGCUUUACAGGAGAUCACAUAAAGGCCUAAACAGCAUUUACUACUUUAGAUUUAGGACGACACAGAUACUGAAUGUAAUAUUUGACAACCAUUUAUAUCUACAGACAUGGAUUAUUACACAGUUAUAGCAUGUUAAAGCACCUUCGGAGUCAGUCAGUCACUCAGAGUCAGUGAAAGGAACGAGGUGAACCAAACUCUUAAUCUAUUUAUCUUAUUGUAUUACAGUUACUAUGACGUAUCUUCUGCUACUGAAACCCAUUCAGAUAUAUAACCUAAAGGAUCUUGCAACGCAGAUACAAAUUGUCACCACAUAUAAAGUUCAUAAUGCGACGAUAUAUCCCUGUAGACGUUCAUUCAUUGUGCCUCUGAAGCUAGACACGUCCUUCAGAAAGACUCCACGGCAUCAUCCUGUAUUUAGUGUUUCAGUGCCAAUCUGUCUCACCGCACACGACACCGGAUUUCUGAAUGUGAACUCUGUUUCCUUCUGUACUGAUUUGUCUUUCCUUAAAGUAGCACACGGUGCUGUCUUGCUUUUGUGAAAAUGCUGUUUUGUAGCUUUGUGACGCUUUAUGCUCAUUGAGUGAAUUCUGACAUGAUUUCAGCUGCACAGAAAUGUAAAGGUUGUAACGUUUCACUUCUCGUUUGUGGUGUUUGUUCACCAAAGUGGAGAUGCUCUGUUCUGUUUUUGUUGAAGUUUAUCCUCUCAACAUCAGAACAAACUCACCCUCCAGACUCUUCAGUUUUUGUUGUUUUGCACAUCAAGUUACAUUAACAGAAAAUCUUCUGUGGAUUACGGCUACUUUGCUUCCAUUCAGAAUUGAAACUCUCAUUGCUUCCUUCCUAAAUUUACAGGCACGCGUGAGUCUGAAAAUAUCACUGGACAUUUAUAUUUACAUGGCAAAUUACUGUUAAAUUGACAUUUUAAUAUUUUGUAAGUUGUUAAAACAGAAUAAAUUGUCUUCCAAGAAACACUGGGAAAAGUGAUGCUGGCAAAGACAAUUGACUUCUGUUGUGAAUGAAAAUAUUUUUCAGAUGACAAACACUUAAAACUAAAAUUAUUCUUCUAUAAAAAAUAUAAUGAAGUCAUUCAGCCACAAAGUUUUCUUCACUUUAUUUCUGUAAGAUAAAAAACCAAAAUCUUCCAGCCACGUGAGAUUAUUUCCCACUCAUUUCAUUUUCUUGAUAUAAGUGCAGUAAUCUGACUCAUCAUUUCAAGACACUGAAGCUCAAUAAAAAUUUCAUAAAAAAUAAGCUUGAAAAGUGAUGACAAGACUCAUUGACUUGUUGAGCAAAGUGUGGGGAGUCUAUCCCACAAUUUCAAAUGGAGUGCUAGCGUUACUUUUUACAGUGUAAAACCAAUUCUAAUUUCAUUUCCUGCCAAUUAAAUAACAUUUUGUGUGCUAUGGGCGAAUAUUCCUGGAUCUCAUGUUAUUCCACGUCCUCUUUUGCAUACUUCCUUAACGACAAAGAAGGUCACCUGGAAGACACUUCAAACCAUGUGAGAGAACUUUGGUUUUAUCUUUUGUCCAAUGCAGACAAAUCUGUUGAGAGAAAAACCAUGAAAGUAAAUUGUGCCAUCCACUUUGCCUUGUGAAGCUGAUGCGGUCACUGGAGGGACUUCCUGCUCCAGUAAACACAACCAGUACUCUUCUGACUUCUUUGUCUUCUUAUUUGUCUGAAUCAGCUGUGUGUGAGAGACUGAAGUGCAAACAGGAUGAGGAGUGACUGAAACAUCUGCAGUAUGAAGCGUCCUCACGAUAACUUCACCUGAUUAACACCUGUUCCAGCCAGCACAGAUGUGCACAUGAUGUGUAAAGAAAAGAUAGCAGAGCAACGUGAUCUCAUGAGAUGACCUUUAAACAGCACACCACACCACAUUCUGUGUGUUUCAAAUUUCAUGCUUUUAAGCUUUUCCCGUGUCAUUUACCGGCAUCUGCAUUUUCUCAAUGUGCUUAGGCUUUUGGCAUUAAAACCACUUGGUUUGGUUUGGUUCACUUAGAUUAUUUCAUCGGCUUGUCCACCACCUCCGGCUCCUCCGGCUCCUCCAUGUGUGGAUUUUCUCACUCUUUGUACUACAUCGCAUGACAUUUUUUUCUUUGUGAAUUUCAUGCCUACUAGGACACGUUAAAGACUUAAUGUGGAUGCCCUUAAAUGACACACGAAAAGAAAAAAAAGUAAAAGUUACGAGACACGAACUGACUACAGACAUUAGCCUGUUAUUCUAACGCCAUUUGGUGAGACCAGGCUGACCCUUCAGAGAUCCGUCCCUCAAUCACCUCACCAGCUUGAAUUUAGUUUUGGUAAUUGGAAAGUAACUGAAAUAAUUUGACAAUCAGCAUUUUGCUGUUUUUUUUGUUCAAGUUUGAAAUAUUUUCAGAAGUCAGAAUUGUAAAAAUUAAAAGCAGACAGGACUGUUUUUGUUUGGAUUAUUUUGAAUUGACACACAGUGAUGUUUCCUCUCCUUGUUUGUGUAAUAUUUUCAUGAUUUGGUCAUUUUGUUGGUCUUAUCUCAGCUAUGGUACUAAAUCUUUAACUGUAGGUUAAUGAACUUUCAAUCCCCAGUGUUUCUCAGUGUUGCCGGAAAUCCAUGCGUAAACUACAUUAAGUGAAACGUCUGUGUUGUGGGACUGUGUUUGCACACUAAAAUCAGGGAGUUUAUCUCUUCUUAACUUCUGGCACCAGUUUUUAUUGACUUGUUGUCAGACAAAAUGACAAUAUCUGGUUAAUUUCACGUGUUCCCUGCCUGCCGUGGUUGGUCUUGCUGUGGUGACGAGCACAGAUGAAACACUGCUUCAGAGCUGCAGCAGCCAUUCACACUUUUUACGCUCGCAGGCAUUUCUCUUCUGAAUGUAGAGGCAACACCUGAGAAGGUCCCAAAUGCAGCAGUUGUUAAGUGAGCCUGCAGAAAAAUGGUGAAUACACAUGUUGGUACUGUUUCCAUAACAUUCAUGUUACUCUUGAUGGUUUAAAUCAAAAACCUUCCCCUGUCAAAACGAUAAUCUGGUCCUGACAUGAAGAGCAUUUCUGCCCUCUCACCUGUGGACUCUAGUUUGUGUUGUUUGCUUUCUUCAUCUGUCUGUGAGUGAACUUGUCUGUAUGGGUGAAAAGGAGCACUUUAUGGCAUCCGUGAAGUCAAGAGGGCAAUACUGCUUGCUAUGAUUAUUCUGUUAAGUAUGGUUGUACUCACUGUAACUGCAUACCAAGCAAUGCACUGAUCGACACAUUCUACAUAACCUGUAAUUUUAUGGACAUUUUAAUUGCUAUGAAUUAUUUGUGCCUUGGCCUUUUGCAGUACUUUUUUUGUUUUUCAAAGCAUUUUUUAAAAGAAUUUUGUUGAUGCUUUUCUCGCUAAGACUGUCAAAAUGCAACACAAAGCUGUUGGUAAUAUCUACAUGGGAGGCUGCAUUUAUACGUACAAAAAAACACCUGAAUGUUAACACUUUAUCAAACGUCAUAUGCAGGCUUAUCACAAGAUAAAACAAACAGUUUCGUAGUUUAGUUGGAAUUUUCACAGAUGCUAGCAGUUGGGCUAGCAGUUUCCCCCUAGCUCCCAGUGUUUGUGUUAAGCUAAGCUAAACACGCCUGAGAUUUUAUCUGUACUGCACACACACACACACAGAUGAAACUGAUCCUUAAAUUCUCAUCUGAUCGUGAUGACAAACUAGUAUCUUCCCAGAAAUGCUGGCAUCAGGCGUCAUAAUCCAGCUCAGUUAACUUGGACAAAACGUUAGCUCGCUACUUCCGCUACUUUUCGUUUAGCAGAAACAACACUGUUAGCUGAUUGAAGAAGAACAAGAAGACGCGAGCCUCAUCGGAUUAACGUGUUUCCACACAUGUUGGCCAGAGCUAUGGAGCUACAGAAGCUAACAAAUUGGAGUUUCUGUGUUUGAAUUUGUUAAGUGUGACGCGUCCCUCAGUGGUGAAAGAACAGUUUCUUUCUUUUCCAUCAUUCACCCAACUUUUAAGCUUGAGUUAUCAAACAUUCACAUAUAUCCCAUUGUGUGUUUUUUAAUCAUUUUCAUUAUCACAAAUGUGAAUGUAGUCUCACUUCAGCUCUCUAUUUUGUAGGAAGCUACAUUAAAAAUGUGCCAAACAGCUGUGAACUGAAGUCAAUUUGUAAACGUAACUUAGACUGAACAGCUACUCGGGCCAGCGAUAGCGCGCUAAAACACUGCACGUCUUAAGACAAAAUUUGCUGCACAGGAAGACGAUAUGGCCUCGUAGACAUCAGGGAAAAUAUGAAGAAUCAACUUUAUUAGCAGUAUAUAUAUUUUUUACAUACACAUACUGAAUUUGUCUUCUGCAUUUGACCCAUCCUUAGUUGAACACACAUGCAACACACUGAUUGAGGGGUUAAGGGCACAUCAGCUAAUGAAGGGGGGGGCAUUUUUUCCCAUUAAUCACUCCACCACACCCAAAUUUUUCCUGCCCGUCUGGUGGGGGAAUCGAACCGGUGACCCUCCGAUCACAAGCCACUUCUCCAACCUCUAGGCCCCGGCUGCCCCAGCAGAGAUAAGAUGCAAAAUCAUAUCCGAUGUUCUUGUGUAAAUGCAGCCGUUAUGCUUUGGGAAACAAAACAGGAAAUGUUUCUACAAAGGUAGAGAUUGGAUACUACAAUCAGCUUUGUGUGAGUGAGCUGACAGCAGCUUUUUUUGGGAUCAGAAACAGUUUUGAUGUUCUUAGGCUUCAUUUAAAGGGAAGUUUGGACAACUUUACACUAGUGGCCUUCAGAGCUGUGCGUCAUUUUUCUCAUUCCAGUUUGAAAAAGAAAAAAAAAAACAGGUUGCCAUUUUUACUCUGUAUUAGACCACUUUGAAUAUUUUUGUUUUGAUGAUAUAAUAUGCAAAUGUAUUCUUACUUGAUUUUUUUAUUUUUUGUCUUUUCAAUUGCACCAGUUAUUAAUAAAGUAUUGAAAUGAAAAUUGUAUGAGUGGCUGUUGUAUAUUUGAGAAAAAUGUAUUUGAUGUGUACUUUGAGUUUUUAAUUUGGCUCAUGUCCCAUCUGCUAACAUGAAGGGGGAGGGGCUCAGUGCUGGGAAAGUUUACUCUUUACAUGAACUAGUUCAAAGUUCAGUUCACAAAUUUUAAAAUAGUUCAGUUCACACUUCAUAAUU